CAUUGCGAGCGAAAGAGUGGCUUAGAGAAUUUAAUGCAAUGCAUAGGCCACUAUGUAACCAUGGCGCACAUUCCUCCACACACAGACAUACAGAAAACACGCACAUAUACAUACAUGUAUGUGUAUCUAUACAUCUGAAUUUAGAGACAAGAUAAAUACACAGUACAGUUCCGAAGUGAAGGGAUGGAGGCAGGCAGAUGGAUAGCGGCGGCGGCCACGAUUUGGAUUCAGUGCAGCUGCGGCGCGUCCUACGCCUUCGGCAUCUACUCGCCGAUCCUCAAAUCGAGCCAAGGCUACGACCAGUCCACGCUUGACACCAUCUCCGUCUUCAAGGACAUCGGCGCCAACGCCGGCAUUCUCUCCGGCCUCCUAUACUCCGCCGUAUGCCGGCGCCGCCGUCACUCUCCGCUGUGGGGGCCGUGGGUGGUCCACGCGGCGGGCGCGGUCCAGUGCUUCGUUGGGUACUUCUUCGUGUGGCUGGCUAUCACCGGAGCCAUUCCACGGCCGCACGUGCCGGUCAUGUGCCUGUUCAUGUUCCUCGCCGCUCACGCGCAGACGUUUUUCAACACGGCUAACGUCGUCACCGCCGUCCAGAAUUUUCCCCACUACAGCGGGACUAUCGUCGGUAUUAUGAAGGGCUUCCUUGGUCUGAGUGGAGCAGUACUCAUUCAAGUGUAUCAGACACUAUUUGCAGGGGAACCCACUACUUUCCUCCUGAUGCUUGCAUUACUCCCAACUCUUGUUUCCCUUGUCCUUAUGUUUUUAGUGCGAGUCCAUCACAUACGAUCAAGCGAUCACGACAAGUUAUACCUGAACGAGUUCUCGUUGAUUUCCAUGAUCGUUGCAAUGUACCUCAUGCUUCUGAUACUCUUGAACAACAUCUUUGGUUUGUCUCAAUGGUCUCGUGCUCUUACUUUAGCCCUCCUCCUCAUUCUCCUCUCUUCACCUAUUUAUGUCGCGAUCAAAGCCCAAAAGCACAAUUUCAAUUAUGGACUAUCACAAACUUCCUCCACUUUGAAGUCCCCUUUCAUGAAACACGGUCACGAGUCAAUGGAACCAGAUAACUCGGAGAACGGAAUCCAGCAGUACAAGGGGACAACCUCGGAGACCAGUCUUGAUGAUGUCGUGGAAGAGUUGAAUCUCUUACAGGCAAUGAAGACGUUGAACUUCUGGCUAUUGUUUGUGGCAAUGCUGUGUGGGAUGGGGUCGGGCCUAGCGACAAUCAACAACAUCAGCCAAAUAGGGGAAUCCCUUGGCUAUACACCACGAGAGAGAAGCACAUUAGUGUCCUUGUGGAGCAUAUGGAACUUUCUUGGCCGGUUUGGGGCUGGUUACAUCUCUGACGUUCUGAUGCAUGCGAGGGGCUGGGCGAGGCCGUUGUUCAUGACACUUACUCUAGCAGCUAUGACUGCAGGCCACGUGAUCGUCGGGUCAGGUUUCCCUGGUAACCUAUACGUAGGCUCAGUGCUAGUAGGCGUGUGCUAUGGCUCGCAGUGGUCAUUGAUGCCCACUGUCACGUCUGAGAUAUUUGGUGUGCAGCAUAUGGGGACUAUAUUCAAUACCAUUGCCAUAGCUAGCCCUCUGGGAUCAUACAUUCUUUCUGUGAGAGUGAUUGGUUAUAUAUAUGACAAGGAGGAAUCAGGGGUGGGGAAUUCUUGCACUGGAACUCACUGUUUCAUGCUGUCCUUUUUCAUAUUGGCUUGUGUUAGUCUCUUUGGUUUUUUGGUGGCUUUGGCGUUGAUGGUCAAGACAAGGGGGAUCUACGCAGGGAUUGUGCGUCGGAGGAUGUUGUCUUGAGAUGUAUAUAUUAGUAUGUGACAAAAUUUUAGUCCCAAUGAACCACAAUCAAUUUUAUUAUAAGUGUAAUAUUCUUACUAUGUGACUGGUGUAUAAUCUAUAAAGUAUGAUAAUAUUUACAGUUUGAUUGAUUGUUUGAGUUGGUAAACUAUGCUCGAGGCAAGAAUUGUAAGUCACUUUAGUUUGCUAUGUACUAGCUGAUGUGAUUGAAAUUUA